UUGACAGCAAACGUUUGGUUUGGUUUUAUUUACAGAAGCAGUAAGUGACGAUGGUCAGAUUCGUGUGUACUUCUUCGAGGAGCAUUUGAAGAACUUCACUGUCCCUUUUGCAUGGGAACAAGCCAGGCUGCGCACACAGGAGGAGAUCCGGCAGGGCCAUGAGAGGUGAGGCAGGUGCUGGCACUGCCUGGGGGAGUAGCAUUCAGCUGUCCAUUGUGCCAUUGUUUCCUCAGUGAGCUCCAAGGAGGUUGCUCAGGGACCCUACCGCGAGCACAGUGGCGACAGCAGGCUGAAAAGCGGCGUGUGGCAUCUUCCUAAAACAUGCUGGUGCACAUCUGAUCUACAAGGGUGUGCAGAGAGAGGGUAGUAUACAGAUUUUACUUCUGCAGCAUUUCUUGGCUCUCAAACUGAUUGCUUGGGAGGUUCUUCAAGCAUUAUGAAUGGAGAAAUUAACUUCUACCAAAGAAAAGAGUGCUGAGGCUUUGGAAUUAGUUUAUUCGUGUCCCCUCCCUUACAUUCACUUUAUUUUGCAGCCUGGACCCUGACACGAGAAUGACAUAUUAGGUGAUUUGCACAUUUACUCUUUAGCAAUUGUGUUAAUUUUGCAGCAUUUUGAAUUCCAAAGGAGGCUUUCUCCACAGCUUGUGGGAAGACAUCAGGAAAGUCCUGCUGCUAAGAGGAAAUGCCAGAGAUGGAGAGGGAGGAUGCUUCAGAGCUCUGUGGCAUUGAAGUAUUUGAGAUCUCAAGGGCCUGGCUUACAUCUCUAGUUUUGUACAGGGUGAAGCCAGUCUCCCCUCGCUCUUGGAAGCUUGUCUGCUGCUCUGGUUUGUAGCAGGAGAUGUUGGGUACGUACCUUUCUUUUGGGGUGAAUUCCAACCGCUGUCAGAGUAAUUCCUUUCAAGUCCUCUGCACAAGUUCCUCUGGUGGAACGUUUGACUCAGCUACAAGAGAAUUACAUCUCCAGGUGAUCAAUUCUUACUCCCUGCUAUUUCCAAACUUUAAGCCAAACUUUAAGUUGGAGGAGGGAAAGAACAACACACUCAUACUGAUUUUGGUUUUUCUUUGGUUGUUUGGUUUUUUCCCCUCUUGCUCAGGUCAAGGAUAAAACGUCCCAAGUCUUCAAAGAAACCCUAUAGCAUCUCCAAGAUGUCAGGUCAAUGUGGAUAUGACUUGAGCGUGCUGUCAGGUCAAGAAAAGAGCCUUACCAGUGCAGGUGAAUUCACAGAGACAGCCUCAGACAAGGAGCUUCUCCCAGCGCGUCUGUUGGCACAGUUGCAAAUGGAGAGAAGAGAAAGCAGGAGGUUUGAAGAACAGUUGCACCGACGUCUCGCCGAAGACAUGGAGCCCCUUGGUGCUUUCAUAGGUCUUCCUCUCUACCUCCCCGAGUCUCUGGUCUCUAACCCAGCUGUCACCUGUCCUUUGGUGAAGAGUCCUGUGUCAUCUCAAGAGACUGUGAGUCGAGAAGAUUGCAAGCGUCUGAUGAAGGAGCCAAGCGCCACGCUGUCAGACAGACUGAAACUCUUGCAGCAGCUCCUCAGAGCGAACAAGGAGGCUGAAGCUGCCUCUGAGCUCCACCUCUCUACUCUGGUUGACAUGGUGAACAUUUGAGUGCAACUGAGACACCAGUGCUCCUGGGAAAAACCCGAGACUGUUUUUGGUUGUGUUAAAUGUGUUUUGUAUCUAAUAAAUUU